AUGGAGGACGAGAAGGAUGCGUUUUACGUUGUCAGGAAGGGGGACAUUGUUGGUGUCUACAAGAGUUUUAGUGAUUUUCAACCUCUGCUAUAUGGUCCCAAUGUUGCUGUGUUUAAAGGUUAUCGAUUGCCUAAGGCUGCUGAGGAUUACCUUGGAUCACAUGGCCUCAACAAUGCAAUAUAUUCUGUUGGUGCCUCUGAUGUGCAAAAUGAUCUUUUUGGCCAACUUCUUCCCUGUCCUUUUCAGCAACCAUAUUCUAUUAAAGACAAAGCUGGUACAAGGAAUCCAUCUGAGAAUAAGAUAAAGAAAAAAGUCGGAUCAACUUCUUUUUCAGAAGCUCCUCAGAGAAAGCUACCUGAAAUCGAAAGCUUCAUGGAGACUCUACCUGUUUCUGCUUAUUGUUGUUCUUGUAUUCUUGAGUUUGAUGGUGCAGCAAAAGGAAACCCUGGACCAGCGGGUGCUGGAGCUGUGCUGCGUGCAAUAGAUGGAAGUCUGGUUUAUCGUUUGCGAGAAGGUUUAGGUGUUGCAACAAACAAUGCUGCUGAGUAUCGUGCAGUUAUUUUAGGACUGAGAUAUGCUCUUGAGAGAGGUUUUAGGCAUAUCCGUGUGCAAGGAGACUCCAAACUUGUUUGUAUGCAGGUGAAUGGUUUGUGGAAAACGAAAACCCAGAACAUGACAAGCUUAUGCAAAGUAGCAAAGGAGCUGAAAGAUAAGUUUGCAUCUUUCCAGAUCUGUCAUGUUGAAAGGGAGUUCAACACUGAAGCUGAUGCCCAAGCGAACCUGGGAGUACAUCUCCAGGCUGGAGAGGUUCAGGAGGAGGUUGACAGGAGAUAGUUGAAAGAAAGCUGUGUUUUUGUUUUGGGAUGAUAAUAUAAUAGGAAAAACUUUUGUGUAGUUUAGCUUCAGAAUGAAUGAAUGUAUUUAUGAAGCUAAGCUAAUAAGCUUCAUUAGUGUACUUAUAAGUUGUUGAAUCUGAGGUGAAUGUGUAGGACCUAAAUGUUGUCUUAAUCAUUAUAGUUUUGUUGUUUAUUUAAGAAGGCUGAAUGUCAGAAAAGCACAGCUGUUUGUACAAUUAUUGAAAAGGCACUGUUAAGUACGUUCCUAUUAAAGCCCUAUUUAUUAAA